AUGCAGCUGGAGAAGUUGCCCGAGGCCUGGGGCCCCAGCAACUUCGAGGUGGCCCGGGCAGCCAUCCGCGCCCAGAUGGAGGCUGUGCGGGCGCAGCUCGCGGGGGCCCUUGGCGGCGCGGGUUGGCGCGCCGCCGUGGUUGAUUGCGAAAAGGGUUCGCUUCGUGUUGUUGCAUUUUACUCCGUGACUUACGUCACCUCCGACGGCGACGUGAAGGGCUCCAGGAACAUAGUUACGACCACGGUCUACAUUGUGGCGAUCGCGAUCGACGACCACAAUGUCAAGUGGUGCGACUGCGACUGGAGGAGCUGCUGGCGGCUCAGCAGCACUCCGAUUGGACGCCCCAUCAUGGGGCGGAGAGCCCGACAAGCUGCUGGCGUACAAGUUCGACGUCGGGCUCUUCAGAAGAGCUAUAAGAUGCAGGACAGGUACGUGGUGGGACCCCAGCUGGUGAGAGCGCUGGGGGCAAGGACACGCAGACUGGCACAGGCGUGCCCCGACAUCGACAAGAUCGACGAGGUCACCGACGAGGGCAAGCUGACAGGAUGGCAACGCGUCUUCGACUUCCUCUUGUCGAAGCUCGACCUGUCCAACGUGAAUGAGACGGGGAACUCAGCGGAUAAGUUCUUCAACGAGCUCCAGCGGGAGCCGGGUGAGGGCUUCCCCGACUGGACGGCGCGCUGGGAGGCGCACGAGCGCGACCUCUUGUCGCAGCUGAAGGCGGUGGACAGCUCGGUCGAGGAGGUCAUCGCAGCGCCUCUGAGGACGUGGUGGUACCUCCGCCGCUCGCGCCUGAGCCCUGUGGCAAGGGGCGAGAUCACCGCUACGGCGGGCGGCGGCUACGACUUCGGCGGGACGCACAAGCCGCUGUGCACGAGGUACCCGCGGGAAGCGCUGAAGGAGAUCGACGGGGUCCGCGAGAAGAAGGGCAGGCGCGCGGGGUUCUUCGGCGAGGCCGAGGAGGCCGAGCAGGAGGACCACGACUUCGAGGACAGGUCCGAGAUCGCGGACAUCGUGGACCAGCUGGUGAACUUAGCGGACGAGGAGGACUCGACCCUCUUCGAAGAGUUCGAGCUUGUCGACGACUACGAGGACGGCAUCUACGCGGAGUUCAGGCAGCUGGGCAGGCACUUCAAGGACGCGAGGGACCUCAUCAGGAAGCUCAAGUUCGGACACCAGGCGAAGGACUGCCCCGAGAGGACGAAGGACCGCGGCAAGCCACAGUACAACGAGAUGACCUCGUUUGCGCUUCUCGAGCUCGGCGACCUGGUGCUCCUCUUGGACGACGUGGGCGGCGUCUGGGCGAUCCUCGAUUGCGGCGCCACGAGGAGCCUCAUCGGUGUGACGAUGGCCGAGCACCUCAUCUACGACAUGGAGGAGAAGCACAGCCUGCUGCUCGACGUGGUGGAGCGGACGCGUUACUUCACUUUCGACGGCGGCAGGCGCAAGAGCUCGAUGGGCACCAUGACGGGUGCCAUCUUUCUCGGCGACGGCCAUGAGAAGAUCGAGAUCUCGAUCAUGGACAACGAGGUGCCACUGCUGAUCGGCAUGGACGUGCUGGGACCUGAUCAUACCAACGCCCUCAUCGACUGCGGCAACGGCUACCUGAUGCUGCCGAAGAUCUCACAUCACGUCUUCCAGUGCCGGAAGAUGCCCAGUGGUCACCUCGCCAUCAACGUGACGACUCCGACGCGGUGGCAGAACAUCCCCCAGAGCUUCCCGAACAUCGUCGGGAUCACACAGUGCAGCGCCCUGGAGGACGAGGCUAAGACGUCCGCGGUCGCGGACGAGGCGGCGCUGGCGCUGGCGCCCGCGGCUGGCGCGGGGGCCUCGAGCUAG